AUGAAAUAUGUCAAAGAACUGAUUGUAUUUAAUAUAGUGUUAAUUAAAACAAUAAACGGUACGAUUCACGACUUAAAUUUAGAAGUAAGGCAUCCACCAUUUGACCCAAGAAUUUAUGAAGAUGCAUUGGAUCCAGAGCUGUGCGCUGAACAAAUGAGAUAUUUGACUACAAACGGCAAUAUGUUAAUGGUGACAUUUAUUGAAGCUGGUCUGCGAUUACCCAGAGGAGUUACACAAGGAAAUUUGCUAGAUUUGGGAAACUAUCAUCAGUGUCUUGGCAUCAAUAAGGAAGUUGAACAUAUGACUAUAAAAGGAAAAUACUGUCGAAUCAGCGUUGGUUUGAAUGAAGAACUUAUAAAUAGAAUAAAUUAUUCGAAUAUAAAUCUGCUUGACGAAGAAAUAAAUAUAAAACUUGAAAUGCUUAAAACACAUACGAUUAAAAGCACAACCGACAGGGCUCAUAUAAAUGAAAUGGAAAGAUUACGAUCAAUGGAUUCUUUGAACCUGACCGCCAUUCAACUUAGUUUGUCUAUCUGCAUUCCAAAGCCUUGUUCCAUAAAAGAAGAUAUGACUUACCUUGUCAAUGAACCAUCAUUGGUGAAAUAUAAAGAAGAAUUCUGCCGCUUCAAGGGUGAUAAACCAUGGACUCCUGGUCUGUAUGUGGCUGUCGUCAUCUUUUCGCUCCUUGGAUUAUUGACCGUACUUAGUACAAGUUACGAUGUUUGGCACACAUUUAUUUUAAAUCGUGAUCCAAAAGCUUCCAAUACGCUGUACCGAUCUUUCUCUAUAUAUACAAAUGCGCGUCGACUGACCACCUUCACCACCACUUCUGGUGCAUUGGACUGCAUCGAUGGUAUUCGGGCAAUCACAAUGGCAUGGGUUGUUAUUGGACAUACGUUUUUGACUACAUCGCCAAUCCUCAAUGUUUUGGAGUCUAUUGAUUGGGUCCUCAGUUUCCAGUCAAUAUGGUUAACAGCAGCACCAAUAAGCGUGGAUACUUUCUUUUUGCUCAGUGGUUUUCUUCUAGUUUACUCUAGCGUUGGAAAAUUGAGCAACAUGAAACUAUUGAGAAAUCUGCAUCUAUUCUAUUUGACCAGAAUCCUCCGUCUAUUUCCUCUACUUGCAUUGAUUGUGUUGCUUCAAUCGACCGUUUUUCACUACGUCGCCGAUGGACCUUCUUGGACAGUAGUGGCAAGGAUGACUGAGAACUGCAGGAUCAACUGGUGGUCGACAUUACUUUAUGUCCAGAAUUAUGUUCAUCCGAUGUGUGUUGAACACAGUUGGUAUUUGGCAAUUGAUAUGCAACUUCAUAUUUUGUCACCAAUUGUGUUGUUCUGGGUGCUAACUGGAAAUAAAAGCAUUGCUUGGUCUGCUCUCAUCACAGCUCUAUUGGCUUCUCUAAUUGCAUCAACAAUAUUUAAUUUCUUGCAUAAUUUUCCUGCUGCCACUUUGGUCCCAUCGCGUUUAGAUGAUAUACUCAGAUACUCAAGGAUGUAUUACAUUAACACAUUAACAAGAUGUUCUCCAUUCUUUGUCGGGAUGUUAUUUGGAUACUUGGUACACAUUUGUAGAGAAAAAGGCGUUAUACUUAAAAAAUAUCAAGUUCUAAUAUUAUGGGUUUGCGCCUUAAUAGUUCUGUCUUCGGCUUUCUAUGCUACUACGCCAGCAAAAAAUAUGGAAUGGGACAAUCAGAUUGCCGAUAAUUUUAUUAACUCUUUCAUGAGACCUUGCUGGGCCGUUGGAGUCGGCUGGUUGAUUUUUGCCUGUGCUACGGGCUAUGGAGGUCCAGUCAACUGGUUUCUGUCACUAAGAAUGUGGAAAUUGCCAUCGAGAUUAUCAUACGCUAUAUAUUUAUUUCACUAUCCGAUACAGACGAUUAUAGCUGCGACGUAUACUGAACAUGUCUACGUAUCGGUCACAAAAAUGGUAAGCAUUAAACUGGUUAACAAAUUAUCAGUUUGCAUGUAUAGUGAUCGAAAUAAUAGAGUGGUAAAUAUUCAAUGGGAACCCAAACAUCCACCCUUCGAUCCAAAUAUAUACGAGGAAGUUUUAGACUCGGAGCUAUGUGAAAAACAAAUACAAUAUUUGACUUUGAACGACACGCUUUUAAUGAUGACAUUUCUUGAGGCAGGCCCAAGAAUGCCAAGAGGGAUACUGCAAGGAAAUUUUCAAGAUAUAGGAAAUUAUCGCCAAUGCCUUGGUAUUAAUAAAGAAGUUGAUGAUAUGGUUAUAGAAGGAAAAUAUUGCCAAAUAUCGGUUGGAUUUUCUCAGCUUGUAAACUUUGGUGAUACGUCUGAGUUGGAAAAAGUAGAAAGAGCUGUUGAUUCUAUAAAAGAUAAAAUAAAUUUAUAUGACGGAUUACGACAAAAUGUACAUAUGCUGGACGGGAUAGAACUUAAAGAUACAAGGACAGGAGGAGUUCUGGGUGGUUUACAGUUUUCUGUAGCUAUUUGUCUACCAAAGCCUUGCUCUACAAGACGGGCAUUAUCAAAUCUUAUUGGAACCCCAUUGAUCAAUUAUCAAGAACAAUUUUGUCGGUUCAAAAACGACAAACCUUGGGCACCAAGUGUUUAUGUGGCUAUUGUCGUCUUCAGUUUAAUAGGUUUACUAGCCAUCCUCAGUACCAGCUACGAUAUAUGGAACACAAAUAUUCGCAAACUAGAUCCCAAAUCUCUCAAUACAAUUUGUUUAUCGUUCUCAGCAUACACAAAUGCUCGUCGUCUUAUCACAUAUAAACCAGUUCGCGGUGCCUUGGAAUGUGUCGACGGCAUCAGAGUUAUAUCUAUGACUUGGGUCGUUCUUGCGCAUUCAUUUAGUGGUUUCAUACCAAUUAUUAAUUCUGUGGACGUUUAUCUGUGGGCUAUGUCAUCUCGUUCAACUUGGUUGACCUCAGCCCAAAUUGGUGUAGACACUUUCUUUGUGCUAAGUGGAUUGCUGCUCGUUUACACUACUGUUGGAAAAAUUAGCAGUAUGAAAUUAUUAAAGAACCUCCAUCUGUUUUAUCUCAAUCGAAUUCUACGAAUGUUUCCUCUACUAGCCACCACCGUGUUACUGCAAGUCGGUGUACUACAUUAUAUUCAUGAUGGUCCAUGGUGGUACGUAGUAGCGUUCUUGACUUCAGAAUGUAGAAUAAACUGGUGGUCAACGUUGCUUUACGUGCAAAAUUAUAUUCGACCAAUGUGUUUAGCUCAUACCUGGUACUUAGCAAUUGAUAUGCAACUAUACAUUCUAUCUCCACUGAUAUUGCUCUGGGUAUUGUCAGGCAAAAAAAACUUCGCCUGGUCAGCUUUGAUUGCUGGUGUAUUAGUUUCGCUCACUGCGUCGUCAAUUUACGUUUUCGUGAAUAAUUUCACCGGUUCUUCUAUACGUCCUAUAUUGGAUCCAGAAGAGGGUGCGAGAUACGGGGAUUAUUAUUACUUCAAUACAUUAACAAGAUGCUCGCCUUUCUUUAUUGGGAUGUGUUUUGGUUAUUUGAUCCACUUUUGGCGAGAAAAGAAUAUUCGAUUAUCAAAGAUCCUGAAUCUUAUUUUGUGGAUUUUAAACUUAGGCAUGUUGUGGACGGCUUUCUACGCGAUCACGCCAAUGAAAAAUGCUAAUUUUAAUAACCAAACUUACGACAACUUUGUGAAUUCCUUCAUGCGACCGGUAUGGGCACUGGGAAUUGGUUGGCUUAUUCUUGUUUGCGCUGAAGGUUAUGGAGGUCCGAUCAACUGGUUCCUGUCACUGCGACUGUGGAAAUUGCCGUCUCGGCUUUCGUUCGCGAUAUAUUUGCUGCAUCACCCUAUACAAUUUGUCAUAACUGCAUCAACUUCGCAACACGUUUACUUUUCUGUGAUGAAUUUUUUUUAUAUGUUCUUCGGCCGCUAUGUGAUAUAUUUCAUAGUCAGCUUUAUUUUUGCAAUUCUGGUGGAUUCUCCGUUUGCCAAUAUUGUCAAAGUGAUCUUAGGAGGCGGUAUCAAAAAAUCGAAUCCAGAGCAACCAAGUGAUAAAACAAACAUCCAAAAACCAAAUUCUGAUUAAACAGGAUAUAGGCGUACCAAUUAGAUAGAUAGAUAGAUACCACGUUUACUCAGCACAAAUACAAACAGAAACAAAACAUUUACAAUCACCUCACAGAGUAUAACAUAAAAGCACAUAGAACAUUCAUUAUUAAUUUU